CCAGAUGUCACAUACCGGAAUGUGACUCACCAGAGCCAGAAUUCUCCCCACCGCCAUCGUGGGUCAUGAACGUGUUCCCGAACACCAGCAGCACCACUUUCGACGGUUGUCAGCGGUACAGUAAUGUGACAGUACUGCCACCGUCUGAAGAAGUCUGCCCGUCGUACUGGUUUGACCGGGACAACUUAAUCAGUUGCGAGACCCACCUGUACCAGAAUACCGACACUGUAGUGUAUGAUUAUGACUUGGCGUGCGAUGACUGGCGUCGUUCCUUAAUCGGCUCCAUCAGGACGUUCGGCACCCUGACUGCGCUGCCGAUCACCGGGUUCGUGUCCGACCGCUGGGGCCGCCGCACAGCUCUCACACUCAACGCCUUCAACACAGCCUGGAUCGGCGCACUCAGAUACUUCGCCGACACUUACGUCGGUUUCGUUAUAUCCGAGUUUGCUGAGUCAACUUUUGGCUCCGGGGGAUUUUCGACCGCUUAUAUCCUUGUGAUGGAGGUCGUGGGGCCUAAGUUUCGAGUGCUCGCCGGGGCGAGUAUGAACACUUUCUUUUCCGUGGGCCAAAUCACCAUGGGCUUGAUCGCGUGGGGCGUCCCCAACUGGAGGAAUCUCACUCUCGCUCUCUACAUUCCUCAACUCCUCACAAUAUUUUACUUCUGGCUCAUGACCGAAUCCGUCCGCUGGUACAUGAGUAAAGGUCGUUACGACGAAGCGGAGUCGGUCCUUAAAACAAUUGCUCGGGUUAAUGGAAAACAGCUGUCGGAGAAAUCUCUUGAAGCCUUACGACUCACUUCUGAAGAGGAGCAAAAGAAUCAAGAGUUACUAAAAGAUCAAAGAAAUAAUGAGCCUUGGCUAAUUGUGCUUGUGUUCCGGCAUAAACGGAUAUUGAUCAGAUGCUUAGUAUCACCAGUUUGGUGGAUUACAACAACUUUUAUAUACUAUGGUCUCUCCAUCAAUGCUGUGAAUAUGUCAGGGAACAGGUAUCUGAAUUAUAUGGCGGUGUCCGCCGCCCAGAUCCCGGGAUAUUGGACUGCGGUAUUGCUGUUGCCCAGAGUCGGAAGGAAACCAGUGCUCAUAGUGGCUUUCUGGAUAUGUGCUGCCUGUCAAAUAGGAUAUAUCUUUAUGCCUGAAGGUCAAGCCACCUUAUCACUGGUGCUGUACCUGAUCGGUACAUACAGUAUAGCGACGGUAAUGACGUCUAUCUAUGUGUACACGGCGGAGUUGUACCCGACGAGGUACCGCCACAGCCUGUUCGCCUUUUCCUCUAUGAUGGGAAGAAUAGGCUCUAUUCUGGCACCACUCACCCCCGCUUUGGGUGACGCCGUUUGGGACAAACUGCCUUUUGUGCUGUUCGCGAGCUUUGCACUCCUCUCCGGCUUACUUGUCUUUAUCACACCCGAGACCCUCGGCUCCAAAUUCCCUGACACCAUGGAGGAAGCAUCCAAGAUUGGAAAAGAGGAAGGGAACUAA